AUGGAUGACGAGGACGAGGCCGAGGUCGAGGAUGAUGCAUACGAGCGAAAGCCCGCCUGGGAGGACGACGAUGACAUCACCAUCAAUAUCGCGGACGUCAAGCGGCUGAGGAAGCUUCGUAACUCUGAAAGCGAGACGGUGCUGAGCGGAGCCGAAUACGAGGCGCGGCUGCGAACCCAAUUCGAACGCAUCUACCCGCCGCCCAAAUGGUCGACGCUGCCGGAAAAGAAAGAGCAGCCAAGCAAGAUUGAUCUGCUCAAGUUCCUGCGAUCAACGCGCAGCAUUGUCGCUCGCUCUAAACAUGCAAUGCUGCCCUCGGAUCAGAUCGACGUCACCCGCAUGAAAGAUGCCAACCAGACGGCAUAUUCACAGGCUGUGAUCCAAACUGCUGUAUUCCAUCCGAAGGCUCCUGUACUCAUGACUGCUGGAUUUGACAGAACCGUGCGGCUGUUCCAGGUCGAUGGAAAGAUCAAUCCCAAGAUCCAGAGCAUCUUUUUCAAGGACAUGCCCAUCCACUGUGCCAGCUUCACCGCAGACGGCAAGCAGAUUAUCCUCUCUGGGCGACGAAAGUUCUUCUAUGUUUACGACAUUGAAAAGGGCAGCGUGGAGAAGGUGCACAGCAUCUAUGGCCGAGAGGAAAAGUCGUUGGAGAAGCACUACGUCUCGCCGUGCAACCGAUACCUCGCCUUCCUGGGAAGGGACGGCUACAUCGUCCUCGUCUCCAACAAGUCCAAGCAGUGGAUCGGCAACCUCAAGAUGAACGGGACCGUCAAGGACCUCGACUUUUCCAGCGACGGACAGUACAUCUUCUCGAUCGGCGGAGACGGAGAGGUGUACCAGUGGGAGCUUAGCUCUCUUUCGUGCAUUCAUAGAUUUGUCGACGACGGCGCCAUCCGGCCAUCAUGUAUCAGCGUCUCGAAGGACGGAAGCUACAUGGCGACGGGCUCCGGCGCCGGUGUUGUCAACGUGUAUUCCACCGCCUCGUGUCUGUCGAGCCCAACACCAAAGCCGCUCAAGACCAUCAUGAACCUCGUGACCACCAUCCACUCAGUCCGGUUCCAUCCCUCGUCGCAACUGCUGGCCAUCUCGAGCCGAAAGAAGAAGGAUGCCCUGAAGCUGGUGCAUCUUCCGUCCCUCAACGUCUUUCCGAACUGGCCGACGUCUGCAACGCCGCUCAGCUACGUCAACGCCGUUUCGUUUUCGCCUGGAGGCGGGUAUAUCGUCAUGGGCAACGACAAGGGCAAGGUGCUGCUGUAUCGCUUGGGAGCGUAUGACGGCUAUUGA